CGGGCCUGGGAAGCCAGAGGGAAGAGGCAGGUAGCCUCAAUAAACCUUCAUAUUUAUAUGUACUCACAUUAUAUCAUUUUAAAUAAAAGAUCAGGAUGGCUGACAAGGAUUAUGAUAGCGCCGAGCAAAAGGUAGGGAACGUCAGUGAAAGCACACCGCUAACUAGUGGCAUCAGGAAGAAUCUCUACACAGAGGUGGAUUUAAGAGCAGAAUCCUGUAGUUUAGUUGAUGAAAGAACAGCAAACUCAGAUUUUGAGGAUUCCACGAUUGAUUUCAGUAACAAGCCCCCAAACUGUUUGGUGGCAUCAGAUUCAAGCAUCGAUGCCCUGUGUGAACGAACAAAACAGCUGGUCAACGAAAUAAACAAAAGUAGGAUAAAGGACCACAAGUUGAUGAGCAGCUUUAAAGACACUCUUAUUUUGAAGGUUUCAGAAUUCUCGAAGAAGAUCGAAGAAGGAUUGUUUGAAAUCUACAGUAGUGAGAACAAAUUGAUUGAGGACACACUGCAAGAGCUGUUAAACAUCCUCGAUAGGGUCAGAUGUUUAGAGUCCGAACUUAAACAGACCUGCACUGCCAUGGCAACAGUCUACAAGGACAUGUGUACUCAACCGGAAGUAUAAGUGGUACUUUACUACAUAACGGGCUCUAGAAAAUAACUAUUCACAUUUUUUCUUUACCUUUUCUUUAGAAAUGUUUAGUGUCGUAGGUAGAAAAUGCAAUUGCUUAUAGAUUUCUUGGUGGCCAGUUGGCUUUCUAUUAAGUAAUGGUUUUUUUUUGCAAUCCAGUAAAGUUAUGCUUUAGAACACAACCUCUGCAAAACUCCAGGGCCCACCCAAUUUUUAACCCAUUCACUCGCUUGAGUUAAACUCGGGUCUCCCAUUGCCUGAAUCUACUACCUUUAUUUAAUUAGCACUGUGUGAAAUUGUACUGUAGUUUCUGCUUGGCGGACUUUCUUAUA